CGCCGCGUAAGGUUGCGCGCGCUUUUCAAUUUUUAAUCUGUGCAUUUUCGUAAGUCAUAGUGUAAAGUUAAAAUAUUUUUUAAAAUGUUGAAGUACACUAUGAAGAAAUAUUGUGCGGAGGGGAGCAAAUUCAACCAAAUUAUUAUUGCGUGCUUGAUGGUCUUACCAGUAUUCUCAUAUGGCACGGCAAUUGGCUGGAUCUCUCCCAUGGGUCCCCGUCUGAUGUCUGAGGACACGCCAGCGGCAGCCCCAGUGCAUCCAGACACCAUAUCCUGGAUGGCAUCAGUUGUUUACCUGGUUGGAACACCCACCGUGUUCCUAUUCGGAUACAUUGUGGACAACUAUGGAAGGAAAAAGGCGUUGAUGCUGACUUCGUUUUCUAUGGCUGCUUGCUGGGGUCUCAAACUGUACUCGACGGAGACUUGGGCCCUAAUAACAGCUAGAGCAAUCGUGGGACUUGGAGUCAGUGGCUCCUACGUCGUCACACCUUUAUACAUCAAGGAGAUCAGUGAGGACACAAUCAGAGGAACUCUUGGCAGCUUAGUGGUUCUCUCACAGAACCUGGGCAAUCUGUUUGCGUAUGUCAUGGGAGAGUACCUGAGUUACCAUGCAAUGCUCUGGGUGUGUCUUAUUGUGCCCAUCCUGCAUUUAGUUCUGUUCAUCGCUAUGCCCGAGACGCCAUCGUAUCUGCUGAAGAGCGGGAAAGUUGAGGAAGCUAGGGACGCGCUAGCCUGGCUAAGGUGCCGGGCGCCAUCCGAGCCCGCAGUGGACAACGAGCUCCAGAACUUACUACUCGAGCUGGAACAAAGCAAGUCGGGCAAGAUGAGCGCUGCACUCAAAACUCUUGUGACUGACCGCAGUACCUUCAGAGCGUUCCGCAUAGUGCUCAUCAUCACAGUAGCUCGGGAGUUGUGUGGCUGUCUAGCUGUGUUACACUUCGCAUCCCUCAUCUUCAGCAAGGCCAGUGCUGGCUGCCUGCUCACUGCUAACCAACAGGCUGCUAUACUGGGUCUCGUCCAGUUUGUGGGAUCCUGCACUGCGUCCAGCUUGGUGGAAAGGACUGGGAGGAAGCCACUUCUCGGGACAACAUGUCUGGUCUCCGGCAUAGCGAUGUGUGCCCUCGGCGCAUGGUUCUACGCUCACAUCGGCGCAGAUACUGAGACCGCAUCCUGGCUGCCGAUAGUAGCACUGUGUUUGUGCAUAUACUGUGACGCAGCUGGCCUACAACCCGUGCCGUUUGUGAUUAUGACUGAGAUGUUUUCAUUCCAGCUCCGUGGCACAGUGACAGCGAUAGUAAUCGCGUUCGCUUGCGGUCUAAUGUCAGUGGAACUGCGAGUGUUCCACCCGAUCGCAUCAUCAGUAGGCCUCUACCUCAUCUUCUGGCUGUUCUCAGGAGUUUGCCUGAUCAGCACAGUGUACAUCGCAUGCGUAGUCCCAGAAACUAAGAUGAGGUCCCUAGAUGAAAUCUACGCGGAAAUCGGAGGCAAGGACACCAAAGUGAAAAACAAAGAAAAAGACUGUGAAGCUGACGUUACAAAGCUGUAGACUGUACUAUGACGUCACAUGUCAUGUUCGUAUUAUUUUGAGGUUAAGUGUCAAAGUAUUCGUUCAAGUUCGGUUAGAUUUGAAAGUUAUUGGAACGGCUUAACAGUGAUAUUUUGCACUUUAUGUGUGUAGGCAUAGGAUUUAUUUUUAAGUAAUCUAAAUGCGACAAACUCAGUGAGUUUUUAUGUAGGUAUUAUCUUUUUUAAUUUUUUAGGCUGUCAAAUAAAUAAAUCGUCUAGGAUGUAAUGUAGGAUUUUGUAUUGUAGAUUAGAAUAGAAAUUAUAUUAAAACAAAUAUUUAUAAAUGAAUACUCAGCUUUGUACUUAUAAGUACUUAGUUUAGUGUAUUAACUCGUCGAGUACCGGUUUUGCAGACACAAUUAUAGAACAAUGGGUUGCGGUCACCGGUGACCGCUUGGUGUUUGACAGUUUAAUAAUAUUAUUUAAAAAAAAUCCCGCCAUUUUGAACCACAUUAAUGUGUGCCAUAAAACUUGAUUAAUUGGCUGAACAUUUAUUUAAAGCAAAAUCAAACUAAGGCAUUAUUAUAGACAGGAGCUAAUUUGUUCACGAAUACUCUCUUUCUGAGAUCUUUUGAGUCUAAGUGUCAUAGGGAUUAAAGACAGGACCUAGAAUACGACCCUGAGGUAUGCUGUCUUUUUAAGGGGGGGGGGAUUAUCGAAUGACUGCUCCCGCCUGGGUAGGAGGUAGUGUCAGAAUAAUGCUGGA